CAUAACCGCAGCCAUGAUGGACGGAGCCGAUAGCCCCGAUCUCCUUGGAGAUGACCGCGAUAAGCCAACCCGCAGUCGUAGGAUUACGCUCGGCUCUCCACGGUCUGAGACCGUUGAUCUUUCCCAGGAUACAUCGUUGAUGGUUGACAUAUCUGACGCCUUGAGUGAGCGGGACAAGGUCAAGUUUACAGUUCAUACCAAGACCACAUUGCCAGAUUUCCGUGAAUCUGAGUUUUCAGUUGUGCGUCAACAUGAGGAAUUCAUCUGGUUGCACGACCGUUAUGUUGAGAAUGAAGAUUAUGCUGGAAUCAUUAUUCCACCUGCACCUCCACGUCCUGACUUCGACAAUUCACGUGAGAAGCUACAGAAGCUUGGAGAAGGAGAGGGGACAAUGACAAAAGAGGAAUUCACAAAGAUGAAACAGGAAUUAGAAGCAGAAUACUUAGCAACAUUCAAGAAAACAGUGGCCAUGCAUGAGGUGUUCCUGCAGAGGCUGGCUGCCCAUCCCGUAUUGAGGACAGAUGUCAACUUCAGAGUGUUCCUUGAGUAUGAUCAGGAUUUAAGUGUGCGCGGCAAAAACAAGAAAGAAAAAUUCAGUGGAUUCCUUAAAAGUGUCACAAAAACAGCAGAUGAAGUAUUAUUAUCGGGACAAAAGGAUGUUGAUGAAUUUUUUGAGCACCAGAAGGUUUUCCUCGUCGAAUAUUACGUAAGGAUAAAAGAUGCGACUGCCAAAGGAGAUAAAAUGACCAAAGUCCAUAAGUCUGUAGCUGAUACAUACAUUAAAAUAUCAAGUGGUCUUUUGCAAUUAGCAACUUUGGAAAAUACACAACUAGACAAAUUUUUUAACCGAAUAGCCGAAUGUUUUGAGAAAGCAAGGAAACUAGAGGGUCGUGUUGCAUCGGACGAAGAUCUAAAACUCUCCGACACACUGCGCUACUACAUGAGAGAUUCCGCCGCUGCCAAGGCACUACUAUACAGAAGAAGUCGUGCAUUAGCCGAUUAUGAAAAUGCCAAUAAAGCAUUAGAUAAGGCCAGGUCAAAGAACAAAGAUGUACAGUUGGCUGAAAAUACCCAGCAAGCCUCUUGUGAAAAAUUUGAAAGCAUUUCAGAGACAGCAAAACAAGAACUGACAGACUUUAAGGCCAGAAGAAUCCAACACUUCAGAAAGAAUAUGAUAGAUUUAGCUGAAUUAGAGUUGAAGCACGCCAAGGCUCAAAUGCAACUGCUGCGAAAUUGCAUAACAUCAUUGAAGGAGGAGUUCUAACUGUACAGUGUAUGGAGAUGUUACUGUGGUUUCUACGGAGCAUGUGUUAUACAUUCGCUUCAGAGAACAAUUGGCAACCAUUUGGAACUGAGAAAAGUUAUUUAGCAAAGCAUGCCAGCUUUGUUUUUGCAGUGUUGGAAGAAAAAGAACUUUGGAACUUGAUAAAGUGUGAGCCAUUUUGUAGAAAAGGAAGAAGGAAUUAUCAUGUGUUAAUUACAGGGUGUACCAGAAAUUUGUUUAGUGUUGGUUACCUAUGGUUGGUUUCGACCAAUGUUAUUGAAAGCUUGAUUUGUUUUGAAGAUUCCUUAACCUUUUACCUUGUGCUUGGCAGUGUUCGGUCAUAGCAUGUUUUUGGUACACCAUGUAGCUUUACACAAGUAGUCAUGUAUAGCUUGAAAAGAGAUAAUUUUGUAGAAAUGUGAUAAGAUGUGUAGAAGGUGACACAUUUUCGAAUGAGCUCUUCAGUUGUGGCUAGUUGAUUUAAGUUAUCUUAUAAGAUGGUGUAUUUUAACAAUUUAUUUUCAUACAGUAGAUUAGUUGUAGCACUGGCAGUGAUGAAGUCGAGUGAGUUGGUCGACCUUGAUGGUCACAGUAAUACACAUUUCAAUCAUCAUUCUUCCAAGGCAGUUGUGAAUGUGGACUUGUGUAGUCCAGUGCCACAUGUCACUUGAAGGAAAGAAUCUUUCAGGGAGUUAUCAUCAUGCCAGUUUAUGGACCACUCCUCUAAUUCCACAUGAAAAUAUGUCCACUUCAUAUGUUAAUGUUCCUGUCUAUUUGAAGGUGAACUGUUUACUGAUCUUGAUCACUGUCCCAAAAAUCCUCCAAUGGAAUCAUAGUCUAUCAAACUAUUGUAAAUAUUUAAUAUUAAUGAAACAUUGCUAGUCCUCCUGCUGACUUCACACAUGUUACCUUAAGUCUGAUUAAGCCUAGACCCACUGCAGCUGGCUGUCCAAAGAUUUCGUUAUCCACAUCCACAGAAACAAAACUGAAUAUGGUGUUCCAGUGUGAUGUCACUUUGACAUGGUGCAGUUUGGCCAGACAUUGUUGUACUAACUACUGCAUUUCACCCAUUACAUAUCGGGCUUGAUAGAGUAUGAUGAUGUGCAUGGAUAAGGGUUGCCCGGGAAAAGUCUUUGACAGGUUUCAAUGCUUUUGGCUUCUGCAUGGAUGAUGCUGGGGGGGGG